GAACGUACCAAGUCCUUCCAGGUUACAUGUCCUCCCCGAGUCCCAAACCUUAGGAAUCACUGAUCGAAGAUCCAGUCGGAGGGAAAGUAGACACCACUUUGUGUCUGGCGGGAGUCCUGCGUCGUCGGGGAGCGAGGGAGGGCGCGGGGCCGAGGCACACCUUAGCGGCCCUCCCCGCCUCGGGCCGUAGUCCAGUCCCAAGAUGGCGGCCACCAUGAAGAAGGCGGCAAGGAAGCUGAGGCCCAGAGAGGUGGAGUCACCUGUCCAAGGUCACGCAGCUGUAAGGAGCAGAGCAGGAACCCGCAUCCCCGGAUUAUCUGGCCUCUGAGCCACUCAACUCUACGCUCGGUGCCCCUGCGCCCUCCAGGCUAAAACAUGUUAUUGAGGAUAGACCAUGGGCCGGGGCCCAGAAGCCGUCCGUUUAUUAUUAUCUCGGAUCCUUCCAGCAAUUUAGCAAGGGCACGUUAUCCCCCCACUUUACAGACGGAGAAACUUAGAGCGGCUGCAGAAGAUGUCAACGUUACUUUUGAAGAUCAACAGAAGAUAAACAAAUUUGCACGGAAUACAAGUAGAAUCACAGAGCUGAAGGAAGAAAUAGAAGUAAAAAAGAAACAACUCCAGAAUUUAGAAGAUGCUUGUGAGGAUAUCAUGCUUGCAGACGACGACUGCUUAAUGAUACCUUAUCAGAUUGGUGAUGUUUUCAUUAGCCAUUCUCAAGAAGAAACACAAGAAAUGUUAGAAGAAGCAAAGAAAAAUUUGCAAGAAGAAAUUGAUGCCUUAGAAUCCAGAGUGGAAUCAAUUCAGCGGGUGUUAGCAGAUUUGAAAGUUCAGUUAUAUGCAAAAUUUGGGAGUAACAUAAACCUUGAAGCUGAUGAAAGUUAAACAUUUUAUAAUACUUUUUUUAAUUUGUUUAAUAAACUUGAAUAUUGUUUAAAAUGAUAAUUUCCCUUCUUCAAAUGAUAUGGAAAGCAAAACUUUUUUUAAAAUUUUCAUUUAUUUAAUGGAAACGCCUAUUUUCACAUGUCUUGCUUAUUUAUUUUAUAUUUUUAAAAGAAGACAGUAUUCAUCUAUGUAUUUUGCAUAACAAUUAUAUCAAGUGUAGGGGCUUUAUGUCAUGUUAUUAAAAUCAGUUAAGCAAUC